AUGGCUACUGAACUUCAAGUGGGAAUGGACAAAAGUACUUUUAUGUACAUCUCGGAACAAAUAAGGCCAUACGUUCAGCGAGAAAAUACAAGGAUGAGGGAAGCAUUCUCUCCAGAGAUUCGAAUUGGGAUCACAAUUUAUAAGCUUGCUACAUGUGCGUCUUUUCGGGAAAUUUCCAAUCAAUUUGGAAUGGCAAGAUUAACUGCUUGUGAGAUUUUUCAUGAAGUGUGCCGUCAAAUUGAAUUAGUGUUAAUGCCAAAGUUCAUUCGUGUGCCAGAAGGACAAGAGCUUUUAGACAAUGUGGAUAAGUUUAAAAUGAAGAAGGGUUUUCCACAAGUUGCGGGAGCUAUUGAUGGUACCCACAUUAAGAUAUUUGCACCACAAAAAGACGCUCAGGAUAAUUUCAACCACAAAUGGUCUUUUUCCGUGGUACUUCAAGCACUAGUUGACGCAGACGUCAAAUUUAUGAACACAUUUGUCGGCAUGCCUGGCAGUGUUCAUGAUGCCAGAGUGUUCAAUCUGUCUGCGCUGAGCAAAAAGUUACAAGAACACACCUUAUUUACACCGAAUAACGUUAUUGAAAUUGAGGGUAGCGCUGUGCCUUUAUUGAUUUUAGGGGACGCAGCCUAUCCUUUAUUGCCAAAUCUUAUUAGACCGUUCAUUGGGAGAGGGUGUCUCAACAGAUCAGAGAGAAUGUUUAAUUACAAACAUUCUGCCACAAGAAUGACCGUGCAAAAGGCCUUUGGGAGACUGAAAGGGAGAUGA